AGAAACGCCCACGCUUUCAUUCGUCGCGUGUUUUUUCGCCGCCGGGUGGUAUUGUGGUGUAAUGGGUUGGUGCGAUUGGUGAUUUGGUGUUUUUUCCACGUCUCCAGGACAUGAUGGCCUCCAUACAUCAGCUGUCAGCUAAAACCUCACACAGCUUGUCUAUAGGGCAAGUUGUGACAUCUGUGUUCAGCGUGGUGAAGGAACUGGUCGAAAAUGCUCUGGAUGCGGGUGCCUCAUCUGUUGAUGUUCGUUUGGAUGACUAUGGAUUGGAAAAGAUCGAGGUACGAGACAACGGCAGUGGCCUGGCUCCCGAGGACACGGCUGUGAUGGCCCAGGCCCAUUACACAUCGAAAAUACAGGACCUGAAUGACAUGGGCUCGCUGGGCUCGUUCGGGUUCCGCGGCGAGGCGCUGUCGGCGGUGUGCGCCUGCUGUCAGGUGACGGUGGCCACUCGCACGGCGGCCGAACAGGCCGGCCGACUGGUGACGCUGGACGCCAGCGGUGCAAUCACGGCGCAGAGACCGGUGGCGCGCGCACAGGGCACCACGGUGACGGCGUCGUCGCUGUUCAGCCGUCAGCCGGUGCGGCGCCAGCUGUACGGCAGCGCCAGGAAGCGGAAGGAGGACCUGCGCGCUGUGGAAGCCCUCCUCUCGGCCAUCGCCGUCAGCCGCCCGGCCCUGAGACUGGCGCUCCACCAUAACGGCUGCCAGCUGAUUAAUAAGGCGCCGUGCGACUCGAACCGGUCGGCGGCCCUCCAGGUGCUGAAGUCAGAGGCAGCCCGCCAGCUGCGGCCCCUGUCGCUCAAAGAUAAAACGAUAUCGGUAGAGGCUCUCCUCCCGUCACCGGACACAUCUCCUAAGAUCGCUGGGAGAUCCACUGGGGACCAGUGCUUCGUCAUCGUUAACGGCCGGGUCGUCACCUUCAAGAAGGUGGAAAAGCUGUUGCGGGAGCAGUUUUCGUCGUUCCACGGCCUGAGUCCGGCCAGGACGCCGGUGUCCGUGGUGCUGAUCACCGUGCCGCCCGACCAGCUGGAUGUCAACCUGGAGCCCAACAAGACGCGGCUGCUGCUCCUCUGUGAGGAGAAGCUGUUGACUCUCCUAGAGGCCGGUCUGGCGGAGUUUUACCGCCACCAGGAGGUUUCCGAACAUGCAGCGGACCCAUCUGCAAACUCCUCCGACCGGCCUCUCGUCACGGUGACGCAAGAGGCGGAGCCCGGCUCAGCGAUGGCUCCGGGAACGAUGCCAGGAAACACGUCUGUGGCCGCACCUCAGCCCACCGUAGCUGCGCCGAUCCCGCCACCGGUUACUGCAGUUGGGGAGAACCGUAUCGAAAAGUGCGGAGAGGCACCAGUAGAAGCGGACAAACCCGUCAGCAAUGACAGAGGCGUAUCUAUGAAGGACGCCGUAAAUCCUCUGAGGGAUAUGACGAACAUGACAGAACCCGUAGCUGCAACUGUAACACACCCUGUGACGGCUCCUGUGGAGACCGUGACGCACUCCGUGACGGCAGAGUCACACCACCCUGUGACGGCAGAGUCACACCCCGUCACGGCCGCCGCGUCACAGCCCAGCAGACCCGUAACGGAGGGAGACGGUGUGCCGGAGCUGGGUGACAUCGAGUGGGAGGGCUCGUCUGAGAGCCUGUUUGGUGACAAUUUUCUCGGAGUGGACGGUGGCGAUGGGGACACGGGUCCAUUGCCUGCCGAUGGAGACGGGGGAUCGUCGUCGGAGGAGAGUUUCGGGCCGAAGAGGUACGUCGGGGCCCGCCCGGACGCCUGGGCUACAGGCCGGCUUCUCGACUCACAGGGAGAUGUUAUAGAGCCGACAAAGCUGAUAACAGCACACGGGGAGCCAGCCACCAAGCGGCCCAAGAUCCAGCCGUCCAUUCGCGAGGCCUUCAGCUCCGUCGAUCGACCUCUGCCCACCGCCAACGGUCUGGCUAACCCUACCUCCGCUGCGACUGUGGGCGGCACAAACGGUCGAACUGGCCCUGACGCCACCCCGGCGGCAGGCGGCGGUGGUGCUGACAAGCCUGCCGCCCCGGCCUCGAAGCCGCCGCCGGCGAAGCGUCCUCGCCCCGCCGCGCCCGGGGAGCCCGAGUACGAGCCUGUGGCCUCACAGGUGGUGCGUCGAGCCGGCACCGCCUUCCACUACUACUGCAAGGACAUGAGGCGCAAAUACCUUUCGCUGGACCCGACGAUUGACAUCGGCAAGCUGAGUGCGGCUCUGGCGGACGGCUGGAAGGCUGCCCUUCCCUCCGUCAGGCGGCAGUUCGAGGACAUGGCGCGGGAGGACGAGAAGCGGUACAAGGAGGACGUCAGGAAGGCAAAGCUGGCAGAAAUGAUCUGCACCCCUCAGAGAACAAUCACUGACUUCUGUCGGGUGGACACUGCGCUCCGGCGGAUGGUAGCGCCUCUCACCCCUGAGGCCAGGGCCAGCCGGCCCAGGAGGCACUCAAAAACCAUGUCGGUGCGCGGCAUGGAGGAGCAGAUCCGACGGCUGGAGGCGGGAAAGAGGCCUGAUGGGUGGGCGGCCGCGGGGGAUCCGCGCGUUAUCGGGCCGGUGGAGUCGCACCACGCCUGGGUGGUGUACCGCUCCUCCCAGCUGGUGCUGGUGAACCCUCUGCGCCUCUCGGAGAUGGCCACUCUCUCCCGCCUGCUGUCCACCUUCCAUUUCCCCUGCCGACCUCUCUCCCCGCCUCUGCCGCUCACUAGCGCCGCGCUCGGCGCCGCUGCGCACUCCACACUCUGCGCGCUGCCGCGAGAUGGCAGUCGUGUCUCGGACGUCCGCCUGGAGGCGAAUGGGUUUGGUGUUGAGGUGGCCGGUGAUUCGGCGCGGCUGGUGGCGGUGACCGACUGUAUGGAGUUUUACGGUGCCCCGGAUCUGGCGGAGGUGCUGAGGAAGGUGGCGGACGGAGCGGAGACAGUGGAGGACAGCCGACCUGCCAGGGCCGUCAGCUGGCUGCGGGCGGAGGCGGUACGGAUCUCUCAGGGCGGCGGAGCACGCAUGUCCCGUGAGGAGGUAGACUCGCUGGUCCACGACACGCCCGACCUCGACGGUAACUGCUUCCACGGACGGCCGCUAGGGGCGCCACUGUAUGAUCUUGUCACCUGAUACGAGCGGCUGCCUGAGGCGGCACUGCGCUGUGGUCACGUGACACGAUUGCUGGCAGUGAUGCGGCAACGGGAUCUGGUCAGUUGUGAUAUUUGUUUUUCUACAAUAUUGUUUGGAAUACAGGAGUGAGUGUUUUCUA